CUGGAGGCACCAUGUUAAAUGGACACAGCUUUCUCUACGUCAGUCGACAGGAACCUCGUGCUCGGUAACCAAUCAGACACCUGAGAUUUUAGGGCGCUCUGUUAUCGCGAUACUUCGGCACUUCCUUUUCCCUUUUCGCUCUGAGUCCAAGAUGGGAGUCGACAUCAGACACAACAAGGACCGUAAGGUGCACAGGAAAGAGCCAAAGAGCCAGGAUAUCUACCUGAGGCUCCUGGUUAAGUUGUACAGGUUCCUUGCUCGCCGCUCCAAUGCUCCCUUCAACAAGGUGGUCCUGAGGAGGCUGUUCAUGAGCAGGAGCAACAGGCCUCCCAUCUCCAUCUCUCGCCUGAUCCGUAAGAUGAGGUUGCCUGGACGUGAAAACAAAAUCGCAGUCGUUGUGGGAACAGUCACUGAUGAUGUCAGGAUUCAGGAUAUCCCCAAGCUGAAGGCAAGCAGUCUCAAUAUCUGCGCUCUCAGGGUAACUGAUGGCGCCCGCCGCAGGGUCCUUAAAGCAGGAGGUCAGGUGAUGACCUUUGACCAGCUGGCUUUGGCCUCACCUAAAGGACUGGGCACAGUGCUGCUGUCAGGACCCCGCAAAGGCAGAGAGGUGUACAGGCACUUUGGAAAAGCUCCUGGAACCCCUCACAGCCACACCAAGCCCUAUGUCCGCUCCAAGGGCAGGAAGUUCGAGAAAGCCCGUGGUCGCAGAUCCAGCUGUGGCUACAAGAACUAGUCUGUUUAUGUUUUUCAUGCAGUCUGACACAAAUAAAAAUUGGCUGUACAAAACU